UCAGUUCGUAUCCGUCGUGUUUGUUUGUGUUCGGUUCGGUUUCGCGUUCGUGUAUAUUUAGGAAUUUUCGUCGCGUUUUAUUAAAGGAUCAAUGAAAAAUAAAUUGCCUGGAUAAGUAUGCACAUCGGUUGUGAUGUCACGAAAUGUAUUCACGAUGGAAACUAAACAGGAGAUAUACUCAUCGUGGGUACAAUAUACAACUAAGAAUGAAGAAAGUCAUUUUCGACAUUUUAUCCGAGGAUUUGUCGCUAUCUGGGAAGCUCAGUUGGAACUAGAUUGGUCUAGCGAUGGCAACGGCCUCCCAGACGCAACGUCAGUCAAAGACGACUUUGGACCUCACCUUUCCCGGCUCCCAGAGGAACUUUUGCCAGCCAUUGGCAAGUUCAUGUUCAUUGCUAAAGACAAUUCUGAGCAGGAUAUUCUACUCAGAGAGGGCAUCGUAGAAGUAGAUCUUUUGAUUCGCUGUUUGACAGCAAUUAGCAGGAAUUUCGACAACAUCCCGCUUAUAGCAUCCUGUGACUUUGUGAGCCAUGCAGUCGUUAUUGCCAACAAUAUUAUACAUAAGCUCGUCAAUGGAGAAUAUGAGUUUGCCACUGAAGGUGAAGCGUUUUGCACCAACCUGUGCCAUUUCCUGGAGUGCCUCUAUGAUCCUUAUUUUACUUGGAGACAUUUCCAAAAAGGACCUCCAAGCAUGGAUAAACUUGUCUUUCAUCCAGCCCUGUUGCACAACGAAGUCAUUCCCUUUGUUUAUGAUUGCUUUGAAACCAAUAUCGUCACCCAGUAUCCUGAUCUUAGUAGAGAAAUGCUCAGUGUUCUUGGAGCGGUCGUUUGUGGAGCUCAGAAUACUCUAAUAAAUGAAACAGAUGGUUCAGAUGGAAAAACUGACAAUGAGAGGCACAACGCCCUGAGAGGGAUCUGCCCAGCCACAGUCAACUUGUUGAUGAACGUAGUGUCUUGUGAGACACAGCCGUCAGUCCGGGCCUCAGCUCUGCAGUGCUUCACAGCCAUGGUGUCCGUCCUGCAUCGCUCGCUACCUCACGAGCGUCAAAUCGAAGUGACAACAGUCCUGGAGAAGCUGAGAGAGGUGGUGUCCGUGGUGGUAGGCAGAACAGCUGAUGAUGCUCUGCUCCAGGUGGUAGACACUGUACAAGCUGUGCUGACUCACUCACACUCACCUAGGAGUCUGCAGCCUCUCAUGGUCGAGGCAAAGCUACUCGACGCUCUGCUCAACAUUCUCGAGCAAAUCACUGACGCAGCCAAAGACCGAAUGGAUCUUGUUAUUUCCACCACAAGAGCUAUCAACAGACUCAUCAUAGGGGCUUCUGAGGGAAUGAAGCGUAUGGAGAAGAUAUGUGGUUACUCCCGUCUGUUUGCCUGCCUGAGGUCGAUAGGUCAACCCCCCAGACAACUGCUGGAGGUGCUGGUCUCCAUGGUAACAGAAGAGGAGAACUCCAUUUGUCUGAAGGAUAUGAAACUGAAUAACACAGAACCAAUAGUGCCUUUCAUCCAGUGGAUGGGUGAACUGCUACCUGACGAUCAAGUGUGGCUGGCGUGUACUCUUGAGGGGAUUUGCACAAACAGUUUGCAGAGCAAAGCGACUGCAUGCUCCAGUGGCAUAGUGGUAGGCCUGUGUGAGCUGUUGUCGUCAGCUACUCUGGACUCAAGAGCUGCUGUUCAUCUGGUAGUACUGAUAGAGGCCCUAGCUAGUCACUCUGUAUCGGCCAACCAACUGAAACAACUUUUUCUUCUGCUGAGGACAGAUCAGGAGAGAAAGAACCCCUACAGAAACCAUUUGCUCAGAGCUAUUUCCAACAUAACUCGUAAAGCCAGUCUACAACUACAUUGUGACUCUUACUUUGAUAUUGGAGAUCCUGCAGACGGCAUCACAGUGACGGACAUGCGUAAGUGGAACGGAGCAGUGUACGGGUUCAGCUUCCACUGUUGGCUGCGACUGGAGCCAUCGGGUGACCUGUCCCCGACCUCCACUGCCCCUCGCAGACAGAUAUUCAAUUUUGUCACCAGUCAAGGUUCAGGCAUAGAGAUGUUUGUCAGCUCCCAAGGCUCCCUGGUAGUAGGAGUGACCACCAAGAAGGAGUACCUAGCUGCUACUGUACCUGACCUGAGCCUCCAGGACACGUUGUGGCAUUGUCUGGACCUCUGCUACAUGGCUGCAAGGCGACCUUUUGGUCACAACCAGCUGUCAGUGUUUAUUGAUGGCCACCAGAAAUUAGCAGCAGCCAUGAAGUUUCCAGCCAUGACUGAGCCGUUUUCUCUGUGUACUGUGGGGGCAGCAGCAGCAAGGAACUACCAGCCAAGUCAGAGUAGAGCUGAUAAAUCACCCAGUGGCAUCAUGGAGAGAGGUCUACUUCCUUCAAUUAUGUCUCAGGUCCCAAACUACUUCUCCCUCCCACUACGGUCAUCCACCCCACUGGACCCCAAUGUCAAGAACUUCCCCCCUGGCAUGCAAGACACAAUUUUCGGCAUCCCGUCCAGUCUGGGAGGUCAGUUGGGACUCAUCUGUCUGUUCCAUGAGGCUCUGCAGCCCCAUCAAGUCAAAACACUGUUCGACUCAGGCCCCAACUGUCGCCUCUUGUUCUCCCCGGAGGACCACGCUGAGAUGUUGGUUCUCAACAGCAAGUUAGUCUGGUGCUUCGCCCCGGCUGCAUGUUGGGAUGGCAGUUGUAUUGACCUUGCUGCUACAAAAAAGUUCACUGCCAAGGCGAUCUCACGUCAAUGCCACACCCACACUAUCAAGGAUGUGGUCAACAGCAUCGGGGGUGUGCAAGUUUUAUUCCCACUAUUGGAGUGUCUAGAUGCUCAGGAUGGUCCAGACCUUCACCUAGUGUCACCCCCGGCUCCCUCCCCCUCCCACGACAUGUCUGCAGAGUGGGUCGUACUGCCUUCUAGCUCUCUGUCUGAAAAGAAGCUAGAACAGAACCCCAUUGCCAGCAUGUUGCUGCUGCUCCGCAACAUGUUAUACUCCAGCUCCGUCAACCAGGAGCAACUGUUGAAGAACAACGGAGUACAAAUACUUGGAGCUCUCUUGUCGUCGGUGCCGUCCCAGCUGAUGGAGCCAAGUGUGCUGAAGGCUGUACAGCUGUUGACAGAUAUGGUCAAGACGUCUGGUAACAAUCUGCUGCUGCGCUCUGUACAUCAGCACGUGUUGUUUAACUUCAGCAUCUGGGCUCGCUGCUCCUUCCUCGUCCGCAUCAGUCAUAUCCAAUUGAUGUCAACUAUAAUCAAAGAUGAGAGGAAAGUUUUCCGGAAAAGAUACGGAGUCCAAUUUUUCUUGGAUGCGAUCCGAAUGCAUCACGCAACUUCUACCGAAGUUAGCGAAGAGGAGAACAAGACAAUUCGAGUAUCUCUGUUGGGCCUAAUCAAGUUCUAUCUUCAGAAGGAGUGCAACAUUAAAGAGUUGGCUGCACUUCUAGGGUUUCUGUCAACAGUUAAAGAAGAAGUGGUGGUGAUCGAAGUGCUGGAGAUGAUCAUCGCAAUGUUGGAGAGCAAGACGUGUAAAGAUCAGCUGAUUUUGCUGCUGUUUGAGCCACAAGCGGCAGAUCUCAUCUAUUGUUUGUUGCUAAACAAGUCAUUCUCCAUGGACUUGAAACAUAGAGCUCUCAAGCUGCUGUCAGUUUUGCUAAGGACAGAGAAGGUUUACGAGCGGAACAAGUCCCGCCUGCGGCUACAGGACAACACUCCCGCAGGACUCUACCCGGGACUCAUCUCCAUGUUGCCAGAACAACAGCUGUCCAUGGAGUUUACAGCUAUGCUGCUGGACCAGAUACUGCUAACUGAGGGCAGCAGUAGUUAUGCUGGAGCCUUGUCACUGCUACAGGCUCUCUCCCUGGCAGAGUUGGAUAUUAAACUAGAGGCUGCUCGUAAGCUGCUCACCACCACCUUCAUGAGACCUACAGCUCCUGCGGCUUUGGCCAAACAGGUUGGUUGGCAAGACUGUAUAACCCGUUUGCUGAUUAAAAAGCCAAUCACAGACGUCUGCAAUGAAGUAUUUCCGGAUAUGAUGUCGUUUGAUGAUGAGGAAGAGUUGGCAGACCUGGAGUUAGGACGGGCAUCACCCUCUUCUGCAUCUCGCAUCUCUGACGCUGCUUACGCCAUCGAGAGUGAGAUAAAGGAAGUCGCAGAAACUGUAAGCAACGCAGUCGCUGACAACAUUCACUAUGCAGCGGACAAUAUCUCUUCUGCAGUCGCAUCAGCAUACACCGCCUUUCGCCAGAAAACUGUCGAGAUGCAGGAGAGCUUGGAAGAGCUGGGUGCCAGGUCGAGGCUGAAGAAGAGAAGUCUUACAUCACUGACGGAAUUUGUAGAACCAGACAGUCCACAGCCAUCUGUCAAGUCACAAAACUUGACAUUGUCAGAAGAUGGGGUCAGUUUAAGCAACAGGUCAGAGUCCAGCAGCAGUACAGAGGAGUUGUCAUCGCCUAGCCACACAGCUGAUAUCUCCACCAGAGACAGCCUCAGUGUAGCUUCUGUACCUAGUCUCUCUAGUCACAUUGUAGAUCAGGAGUCAGACGACGAGGAGAAAAUACUGUUUGACGCCUUACAACGGUGGAAAGCUUUUGACGCUGAAAAACUUGAAGACAAAGAAGAAGAGUUGUGUUAUUUAGUUGCAAACCUUGUCUUCACCAUAAUGUGGAGAGGAAUUGAUGUCAACAGUAAAGAUGCGUGGAAGGAACGUGGGCAGGUCAUGACGUGUAUCAACCUGUUGGCUCUCAACAACACACUGUACUGCUCACACCUGGAACUGCGGCUGCGGCUGCUAGAGAUGUCUGUGACUGCUGCGUUGAGUGAUCUGCGUGAAGGCUCGUACACUGCAGACAACGCAGCACAUCUCAUCCGCUGGAUAUACGACCUCACUGUCAUCGACCCCAACCAGGACCACAGCAAGAAAGCCUCCACCAAGCUUCUAGAUGGUGUACUUGGGUUGUUAGAUGCUCUGCUGGUCUUCCAAGAAAUCCCUGGAGAAGAAUGGACAGAAAUGGCCAAAUUAGCAUUUGGUAUCUUGCUCAGUUGUGCUGCCAGUAGCAACCUAGAGCUUUGUGCCAUGGCUACUGCCAAACUACACACUCUCGUACAGACAAGAUGUAUGAAAGAUGCAGAAGAAGGUGGCUACUUAUUGUACUACAUAAACACAAUCGUACAACAAACACUGCAAGGUUCUAACCAAGAACACUACUCGUUCCUGAUGCCUGUAGUCAAAGCUCUGAUAGAGAAGCUGUCAGAUCUAUUGUCCAUGGCCAGCUACUUACCUGACUUACCACAGACCAUGUCCGGGCCAACGUUCUACGAACACUUCCAAACCUUCUGUCAGGGCGAGCAGUGGACUGCGUUUAUGGAGAAACAGGUGAAGCCACUGUACGAGAGUUACCAGGCAGUGUUGAGUGGUCACCUGACUGACACUAUGAACACAUUCUGGGCAGAGUGUUACCUUACCCAAGCCUACAUCUCCGUGUGUGAUGUUACAGGUGAAGCCACUGUGAAGCCACUGUACGAGAGUUACCAGGCAGUGUUGAGUGGUCACCUGACUGACACUAUGAACACAUUCUGGGCUGAGUGUUACCUUACCCAAGCCUACAUCUCCAUGUGUGAUGUUACAGGUGAAGCCACUGUACGAGAGUUACCAGGCAGUGUUGAGUGGUCACCUGACUGA